CAGUCAGGACCUGCUUAGGUGCCAGUGAGAUUCUCUCAGAAAGACUAAACAUAAAUCCCAGGCUGCCCCACAACACACUCUUGCUACUGUGUGCUGAGGCUAGUGCAGCUGCACGCUCUGACAGAUCCUUCCGCCUGAUGCUCAGGCUGCACCCUGAUUGGCUCCCACUCAAUACACAGAGGGCAACUGAGGUAUCAAGUUCCGUUUGAGUCAGAGCAGUCAGUGAUUCAUAGGGAGAUAGUUAUUGUGGUACAAUGUAAGAAUGGCUGCUGCCGCCACAAUGCUCUCCAUACAGGGGGACUGGGACCAGGUCCUGAGGGAGGCUGAGGGGGAAGUCUGGGUAUCGUGCAGGAUUCCUGGAAAGCCCACGAUACGCGGCAGCCUGACGUCAAAGGGAAUAAGUUCUGAUGAGGUUCCGGAAGUGACCGCCUCCGAGGAGUUUGUUGUGCAGGAAGUCACCAAGGUCAGCUACUUGGACAUCUCCAGCGGAGGGGACCUGGGAGUCUCCAGCAGCACAGAUCAGACCUUUAAGGUGUGGGAGACCCAUAAUACAGAAGUAAAGAGCGUGCUGGAAGGUCACACAAGGGACGUCUUUUCCUGCAAGUUCUUCCCUUCGGGGCAGGAGGUGCUGAGCGGCGGGUUGGAUUCGCUGGUGAAGGUCUGGUCCGUGAAUGAUGGAAGCUGCUUAGCGACGAUGAAAGGACACAGAGGAAGUAUCCUGGACAUAGCUGUUGUGGCCGAUGGACAGAAUGUCAUUUCCUCGGGGCAGGACGGCAUGGCUCGGUUAUGGGACUCUGCCCAAGGCGCCUGCAUAGCUGUGGUCGAUGACUCCUACUCUCCUAUCAACGCCAUCGCUGUGGCCGAGGUUGGAAACGCGGUCAAUCUGGGCUCUCCCAAGGAAACUCCUAGUAACAGGGAAGUAGGAACAGAAGGCAAGCUGGUGGUACUGGCCCGAGAGGAUAAGUCAUUGGAGGGAGUGAGCCUGCACAGCCGCCAAUCACGAUGGAAACAGGGGUUCUUCUGCGCCACCGGGAAACCGCCCCAAAAUCUCCGCCGUAAUCACUUCCCAGAAACAAACUGACGCCAAAUGUGGGAAAGAGAGCGGCAAACACUUCAGCCAAAGGCUGGGGCCCGACAACGAGAGGCAGUUUGUGUGCUCCUUCUGCGGGAAAUGCUUCAGAAGCUACUGCUACAUCAGUGCCCCGUAUGCAGCAAAUGCUUCUUGAAUAAAUCCGUCCUGAUCCGGCAUCACAAGAGCCACACGGGGCAGAGACCAUUCACCUGUAGCUACUGUGAGAAAUGCUUCUCCCACAGAGCCGGCCUGCUGGAGCAUCUCAGUCUGCACGCGGGGGAUAGACCCUACGUGUGCCCCGAGUGCGGCAAGUGCUUUAAGUACAGAGCGUCCCUCACGAGCCAUCGGAGGAUUCACCGAGGGAAGAGCAUCUGUGUGUGAGGGAACGGCGCUCCGGGUUCCAGACUGAAUCAAUCAAUUUGGAAUCAUUUAGUGUUUAGUGCCUUUAAAAGGAAGAAUUGCCUGUUAUAAGACGAUAACAUUCCCCAAAUGCAUCAAUCCAAUCAUAACAGACAUAAAGAUAUUAAUAUUCAUCACUCCUGCGAUUCCUUUGGAAAGGGUCAACUGCAAAAAUAGCUCUUCAAAAACACAAAGUCAAAAAAUACACGGCGGUUUAGGAAUUCCAGACUACAGGUCAUUUAACCCAGGGGUCCCCAACCUUUUUAGCGCCAGGGACCGGUACCGAGCCAAAAAUGUUUUCCACGGACCGGGGGGUGGGGGGUCUGCGCAAAAAUUUCAGGCGUGGGCGUGCACUUUAUUUGCACCUUUGGGCAUGCGUCACGUUCUCCGCGCCUUAUGCAUGCAUUUUGUCACGCCUUCUUGUGUGCCUUUCUGUGUGCAACGCGGGAACCACUGCGGCCCAUUGCCUAACCUAUCGGCUAUUGCAGGAUAUGUAUUGGGCAGGCAGUUGUGGAACUAAUGGAAAGUAUUGAUGUUGUCAUAAAACCGUCAGACAAGGGAGGAGGAAUGGUAGUAACAGAUACAGCUAAAUACAAUAAGCAUAAUAAUGUGUUUAUUCCAUGGGGCAGCCAUAUUUCCCAGGGUGCCACAGUUGGUAUAUGCCUGUGACCGUGUAAAAAAGAAAAGGAAAACCCCUAUCAGGGUUUAUUUUCCAUGUAGUCUUUGUAAAGUCUUUCAGUACAGCCAUAAAACUUCUACUACUGGAGAUCAUUUUACAAUUCAGGAAAUACGACUCGGUUACUGUAAUGUAGGUACUGGAGUGCCAUUGUGGCCUUUACUACGUAGGGAAAUCUAAUAGGAGUCUGAAAUAAUAGGAGAACAUUAUAUAUAUUAUUAAUAAG